CUUCCGGGAGAGACGGAAGUGGUUGUGGGGCGACCCCGGCGGCAGCCGCGGGCACAGGAAGCGGAAGCCGCCUGGGAUCUUCAGUCAUGGAGGAGUUUCACACCGAGGAGAUGCAGACGGCCGUGUCCUCCUACCUCAAACGCCGGCAGUACAGGGGCGCGGAUGGCCCACCGAAGGAAGGCCUGCGACUGUCACAGAGCGCCCAGGAUAUGGCUACCAGCCUCGCAGUCCAGUCAGAAUCUGGUUGUGCCAACACAGUGUCUGCAGCCCCUUGCCGGGCAGACCCCCAGCAAUAUGAAGUACAGUUUGGACGGCUGCGGGAUUUUCUCAUGGACUCUGACUCCCAGCAUAGCCAUGAACUGAUGCCUCUCCUCUACCCUCUCUUUGUCUACCUCCAUCUCGACCUGGUCCAGAACAGUCCAAAGAGCACAGCGGAAAGCUUUUACAGCCACUUCCAUGGAAUGUUUCUCCAGAACGCCAGCCAGAAGGACGUCAUAGAGCAGCUCCAGACCACCCAGACCAUCCAAGACAUCCUGUCUAACUUCCGGCUGCGGGCCUUCCUGGACAGCAAGUACGUGGUUCGUCUGCCAGAAGACUGCUACAACUACCUUCUCUGCUACCUCCAGAGUGACAACAACACUGCGCUGUACAGAGUCCUCGCCUGGCACAUCCACCUGGACGUGCAGCCCGCCGAGAGGAUAGACUACCAGCUCUAUGCCAGCGGUGGCUGCUCCAGCGGCGAGGGCAGCUGCUCCAGCAGCGAAGGCGGCUCCUCCAGCGGCAAGGGCGGCUCCUCCAGAGGCCAGGGCAGCGGCCAGGAGCCCACCGACCUGCCCAUGUACAUCCUGCAGAAAGAGGAGGAUCUGGACAUCCUUCAGGAGACCAUCAAGUGCGUCCAGGAUGGCCCCCCCUCCCUCAUCACCAUCUACUCCUACGCCUUCUACAACACUGAGCAGCUGCUGAGCACGGCGGAGGCCUCCCCGGACAACAAGCUGCUCGCCACGGGCUUUAACAACUCCUGUAUAAAACUGUGGAGUCUGACUUCCAAGUUUAAAUCCAAGCCCCAUCAAAUAGACGUGCCCAACAUCCACUUGCCUAAUGAUACCAUCGAGGUCGAUGAGGAGGACAGGACAGCCACGGAGAAGAAGGUUCUCCUGGGACACUGCGGGCCAGUGUACAGCACCAGGUUCCUCCCGGACAGCUCGGCACUGCUCUCCUGCUCUGAAGACACGUCCAUCAGGUACUGGGACCUGGAGAGCUUCACUAACACCGUGCUGUACCAGGGCCAUGCCUACCCUGUGUGGGACCUGGACAUCAGCCCGCACAACCUGUUCUUUGCAAGCGCGUCCUACGACCGCACGGCGCGGCUGUGGUCGUUUGAUCGGACAUACCCACUGCGAAUCUACGCUGGGCACCUGGCGGAUGUGGACUGUGUCAAGUUCCACCCCAAUUCAAACUAUUUAGCCACGGGCUCGACAGACAAGACGGUGCGGCUUUGGAGUGCCCAGCAGGGGAACUCUCUGAGACUCUUCAUGGGCCACUGCGGCCCCGUGCGCUGUCUGGCCUUUUCCCCCAAUGGUCAGUACCUGGUGUCGGCGGGUGAGGACCAGCUGCUGAAGCUGUGGGACCUGGCAUCUGGGACCCUCUACAAAGACCUACACGGCCACACGGAUGACAUCACCAGCGUCACCUUCAGCCUGGACAGCAGCCUGAUCGCGUCAGCAUCCAUGGAUAACUCUGUGCGUAUCUGGGACAUCAAGAGCAAGCACAACAGCACGCCCGCCGAUGGCUCGUCCAGUGAGCUCCUGGGCGUCUACACCAGCCAGAUGAGCACUGUGCUGAAUGUGCAGUUCAUGGCUGGCAGCCGCCUGCUGGUGACCGGAAUCAGAGAAGAACAUCAGGAACACUGAUUUGUACC